UUUGAAAUGCUUCAAUACCUUUGUUUUGCGUUGUGUUGCUAAGUUGUUAUAAGAUUGCUCAUAUAUUUGCUUUGUUUUAAAAAUAAGAUUUUAAGAAGAUGAUGACAGACAUGGAUCCAGCCAAGUCAAUUCCUGCAUUUUACGCCGGACAAAGUAUAUUUUUGACAGGUGCGACAGGAUUUCUGGGUAAAGUGUUUGCCGAAAAAGUAUUGCGGUCUUGUCCAGAUGUGCGUAAAAUAUUUCUGUUAAUACGUCCAAAGAAAGAACUAAAUAUUAACGAGAGACUCGAAAAAAUGUUAAACAUGCCGUUAUUUGACAAAUUGCGCGAAGAACGACCUUCUAAUUUUGAAAAAUUAGUUCCGAUUUCUGGCGAUAUCAGAGAAAAGGGAUUAGGUUUGUCGGCAGCAGACAGACAAAUGUUGAUUGAAAGAGUGUCUAUAAUAAUACAUGGAGCGGCAAGUGUGAGAUUUAAUGACACUUUAAAAAACGCCAUAUUUGCCAAUACUAGAGCAACGAGAGAUAUUUGCAUUUUAGCUCAAAGUAUGAAGAAUUUAAAAGCAUUAGUAUAUGUCAGUACAGCAUACACAAACGUAAACAAUCCAUUUAUCGAAGAAAAAGUGUACCCACCUAUAGCUGAUUGGCAGAAGACGAUAGAUGUGGCCGAGUCAUUAGAUGAGCAUACUUUGAACAUUUUUACAGCUAAAUAUUUGGAUUACGCUCCCAACACGUAUAAUUUUUCGAAGAACCUAGCAGAGAGUAUAAUACAAGAAUAUUCUUUUUCCUUACCGUGCGCGAUUGUAAGACCGUCCAUGGUGUGUCCAUCGCUAAAAGAACCAAUGCCAGGAUGGAUAGAUAACGUUUAUGGGCCAAUAGGAAUGUAUAUUGGUGCCGGAAAAGGAAUACUACGAGUAGGCUAUUGUAAUAAAUAUCUGAAUGAAGAUGUAGUUCCAGUAGACAUUGUCAUCAAAGCUAUAUUAGUCGUAUCUUGGAAGAUUGGAUUGACUACCUUUACAGGUUCUACUUUCGUUUUAAAUUGUACAAACCCGAAACCCAUGACACAUCAAAAUAUGAUAGAGUUGUUCUCUACUAUAGCAACUGAGGUGCCUUUUGAAGGAAUUGUCUGGACUAUUAGCCAAACAACAACUGAUAAUUUUACUCUGUACUAUAUAUUAUUUAUAUUAUUGCAUAUCCUGCCAGCUAUGUUAAUAGAUAUGAUUUUGAACUUUUCUGGACGUCGACCUUUUCUAGUACGACUGCAGAGAAAUCUGUAUGUGGUCAGUCGUUUCUUGGGAUAUUUCACAUGUAAUGAUUGGAAAUUCAGCAAUACAAAUAGUUUGUCUUUGAUGUCCUCAAUAUCAUCUGAAGACUGGGAUAUGUUUUCUUUCGAUUAUUCCGAUUUCAAUUCUGAGGAGUAUUACAAAAAUUGUACAAUUGGUGCCAAAAAAUUUCUUCUUCACGAAGACAUGAAUCGAUUGGAUACAGCCAGAGCACACAGGGAAAGAGUCUAUCUAUUUGUUAAAAUAAUGAAGAGUAUGGUCUCUAUUGGUAUACUGUGGAUAAUAUAUAAAUGGAUCUGUUGUUAUACACAGUAAAAUCGCUGAUUUUUUCUAUAUUGCAUAUGUAACAAUUUAUAAUAUAAUUUUUAAUCAUAUAAUUUAUAGUCUACAGUAGGAAAAUAAUUUUU